GACUUCCGUGAAACAAUAAAGAUCGUCGACGAGCGGGGCGCUGGUCAUUCCGGUGAUGUGUCAGAGUCCGUGAUACAGCGGGUCUCUCUCACAGCUCCGUCUUCGGCUCUUUGCGCUUCAUCGCGGCGGGAAAUGUCUGACGGUGGCGGAGGAGAGGACGGCGGCGGCGGUGGGAUGGAGGUCUCUGCCGCCGUGCAGACGGUAGCGGACGCGUCGGUUCUGCAGAAACACUUCCGAAAGCUGGUGCCGCUGCUGCUGGAAGAUGGCGGCGACGCUCCCGCUUCUCUAGAGACCGCGCUGGAGGAGAAGAGCGCGCUGGAGCAGAUGAGGAAGUUCCUCUCGGAUCCUCAGAUUCACUCGAUCCUGGUGGAGCGGAGCGCGCUGAAAGAGGAUGUAGGUGAUGAAGGUGAGGAGGAGCGCGAGUGCAUUUCCUACAGCAUCAGCAUCGACAUCCAUUACGGGCUCAAAUCAAACAGCCUGGCCCUGAUCAAGCGGACUGGAGUGAUUGAUGCGGACAAACCCAUCUCCACUCAGGUGCGAGUUCUGACUCUGAGCGAAGACUCUCCGUACGAGACGCUGCACUCCUUCAUCAGCAAUGCUGUGUCUCCGUACUUCAAAUCCUACAUCCGAGAGUCUGGCAAAGCCGACAGGGAUGGAGAUAAGAUGGCCCCUUCGGUGGAGAAGAAGAUCGCGGAGCUGGAGAUGGGCUUACUGCACCUGCAGCAGAACAUCGAGAUCCCCGAGAUCAGCCUGCUCAUCCACCCCAUCAUCACCAACGUGGCCAAGCAGUGCUACGAGCGCGCAGAGAAGCCCAAGGUCACAGACUUCGGGGAUAAAGUGGAGGAUCCCAGCUUCCUGAACCAGCUGCAGUCUGGAGUCAACCGCUGGAUCCGGGAGAUACAGAAGGUGACUAAACUGGACCGAGACCCUGCGUCUGGAACGGCUCUGCAGGAGAUCAGCUUCUGGCUGAACCUGGAGCGAGCCCUGAACCGCAUCCAGGAGAAGAGGGAGAGUCCGGAGGUGCUGCUGACGCUCGACAUCCUCAAACACGGCAAACGCUUCCACGCCACGGUCAGCUUCGACACCGACACAGGCCUGAAGCAGGCUGUGGAGACGGUGAACGACUACAACCCUCUGAUGAAGGACUUUCCCCUCAACGAUCUCCUGUCAGCCACUGAGCUCGACAAGAUCCGUCAGGCGCUGGUGGCCAUCUUCAAUCACCUGCGCAAGAUCCGGAACACCAAGUACCCCAUCCAGCGUGCGCUGCGUCUGGUGGAGGCCAUCUCCAGAGACCUGAGCUCUCAGCUGCUCAAAGUGCUGGGCACUCGCAAGCUCAUGCAUGUGGCGUACGAGGAGUUUGAGAAGGUGAUGGUGGCGUGUUUCGAGGUCUUCCAGACGUGGGAGGACGAGUACGAGAAGCUGCAGGUACUCCUGAGGGACAUUGUGAAGAGGAAGAGGGAGGAGAAUCUGAAGAUGGUGUGGCGUCUCAGUCCGGCCCACCGGAAGCUCCAGGCCCGCUUGGAUCACAUGCGGCGCUUCAGACGGCAACACGAGCAGCUGAGAGCCGUCAUCGUUCGCGUGCUCCGACCUCAGGUGUCCGCCGUGUCCCAGCAUGCUCCGGGAAACACGGCCGAGCCCGACGAUAUGAAGGUGGCCGAGGUGCUCUUCGAUGCCGCAGACGUCAACGCCAUCGAGGAAGUCAAUCUGGCCUACGAAAACGUGAAGGAAGUGGACGGACUGGAUGUCUCGAAGGAGGGAGUGGAGGCCUGGGAAGCGGCCAUGAAGCGCUACGACGAGCGCAUCGACCGCGUGGAGACACGCAUCACAGCACGCCUGCGAGACCAGCUGGGCACCGCCAAGAACGCCAACGAGAUGUUCCGCAUCUUCUCCCGCUUCAACGCCCUGUUCGUGCGGCCGCACAUCCGCGGAGCCAUCCGAGAGUACCAGACGCAGCUCAUCCAGCGCGUCAAAGACGACAUCGAGGCUCUGCACGACAAGUUCAAGGUGCAGUAUCCUCAGAGCCAGUCGUGCAAGAUGAGCCACGUGCGAGACCUGCCUCCCGUCUCCGGCUCCAUCAUCUGGGCCAAGCAGAUCGACCGGCAGCUGACGGCCUACAUGAAGCGCGUGGAAGAUGUCCUCGGGAAGGGCUGGGAAAACCAUGUGGAGGGUCUUAAGCUCAAGCAGGACGGCGACAGCUUCCGCGCCAAGCUCAACACGCAGGAGAUCUUCGACGACUGGGCAAAGAAGGUGCAGCAGCGCAACCUGGGCGUGUCGGGCCGCAUCUUCACCAUCGAGAACACGCGCGCCCGUGGACGCACCGGCACCGUGCUCAAGCUCAAGGUCAACUUCCUGCCCGAGAUCAUCACGCUCUCCAAAGAGGUGCGCAACCUGAAGUGGCUGAGCUUCCGCGUGCCGCUGGCCAUCGUCAACAAAGCCCAUCAGGCCAAUCAGCUGUAUCCCUUCGCCAUCUCGCUCAUUGAGAGCGUCCGCACCUACGAGCGCACCUGCGAGAAGGUGGAGGAGAGGAUGUCCAUCUCGCUGCUGGUGGCCGGCCUGAAGAAGGAGGUGCAGGCGCUCGUCACCGAGGGCAUCUCUCUGGUCUGGGAGUCCUACAAACUCGACCCGUACGUCCAGCGUCUGGCCGAAACCAUCUUCAACUUCCAAGAAAAGGUCGACCAAUCUGCUGGCUUCAACAAGAGCACGGGCAUCGACCUGAGCACCUACAUCAACUGGAUCGACCGAUACCAGGCCCAGCUGGUGGUUCUGUCCACUCAGAUCGACUGGUCUGAGAACGUGGAGAGCGCUCUGACCACCAUUGGCGGCGGGGAAGACAUGGGUCCGCUGCAGGCCGUGCUGGCCAACGUGAAGGCGACGCUCAACCUGCUGGCCGACACGGUUCUGAUGGAGCAGCCGCCGCUGCGCAGGAAGAAGCUGGAGCACCUGAUCACGGAGUUGGUGCACCAGAGAGACGUGACCAGAACUCUGAUCAAGAACAAGAUCGACAAUCCCAAGUCUUUCGAGUGGCUCAGCCAGAUGCGCUUCUACUUCGACCCCAAGCAGACCGACGUCCUCCAGCAGCUCUCCAUUCAGAUGGCCAACGCUAAGUUCAACUACGGCUUCGAGUACCUGGGUGUGCAGGAGAAGCUGGUGCAGACGCCACUGACCGACCGCUGCUACCUGACCAUGACGCAGGCGCUGGAGGCCCGUCUGGGAGGAUCGCCCUUCGGUCCUGCUGGAACGGGGAAGACCGAGUCUGUCAAAGCUCUGGGUCACCAGCUGGGCCGCUUCGUCCUGGUCUUCAACUGUGACGAGACCUUUGACUUCCAGGCGAUGGGCCGCAUCUUUGUGGGUCUGUGUCAGGUGGGCGCCUGGGGCUGCUUCGACGAGUUCAACCGUCUGGAGGAGCGCAUGCUGUCUGCCGUGUCUCAGCAGGUCCAGUACAUCCAGGUGGCGCUGAGAGAACACAGCAACCCCAACCGAGACCGCAGUGUGCCCGUCACCACAGAGCUGCUGAACAAACAGGUGAAGGUGAGUGCUGAGAUGGCCAUCUUCAUCACCAUGAACCCCGGUUACGCCGGACGCUCCAACCUGCCCGAUAACCUCAAGAAGCUCUUCAGGAGUCUGGCCAUGACCAAACCGGACCGGCAGCUGAUCGCUCAGGUCAUGCUGUACUCGCAGGGCUUUCGCACCGCUGAGAUCCUCGCCAAGAAGAUCGUCCCGUUCUUUAAGUUGUGUGCGCGCAUCAUGUUUGAGGUGCAGGACCUGAAGUACGCCACGCUGGCCACCGUGUCUCGCUGCGGGAUGGUCUGGUUCAGCGAGGACGUUCUCAGCACCGACAUGAUCUUUAACAACUUCCUGGCGCGUCUGCGGAGCAUCCCGCUGGAUGAGGGAGAGGAUGAGGCCCAGCGCAUGAGGAAGGCCACGGAGGACGAGGGCGAGGAGGCCGCCUCACCCAUGCUGCAGAUCCAGAGAGACGCUGCUGCAGUUCUCCAGCCGUAUUUCACCUCCACCGGUCUGGUGAUCAAAGCUCUGGAACACGCGUCAAAGAUGGAGCACAUCAUGGACUUCACGCGUCUGCGCUCGCUGAGUUCGCUCUUCUCCAUGCUGCAUCAGGCCUGCCGCAACGUGGCACUCUACAACAACAACCACCAUGAUUUCCCCAUGCCCAUCGACCAGCUGGAGAAAUACAUGCAGAAAUACCUCAUCUACGCAGUGCUGUGGUCCUUCUCGGGCGACAGCAGGCUGAAGAUGCGAGCGGAGCUGGGAGAAUACAUUCGCCGCAUCACCACCGUGUCUCUCCCGUCCGCGCCGAACGUGCCGAUCAUCGACUACGAGGUGUCCAUCACGGGCGAGUGGCAGUCCUGGCAGGUGAAGGUGCCUCAGAUCGAGGUGGAGACGCACAAGGUGGCCUCGCCGGACGUGGUGGUGCCCACUCUGGACACGGUGCGUCACGAGGCUCUGCUCUACACCUGGCUGGCCGAACACAAGCCUCUGGUGCUCUGUGGGCCGCCGGGCUCCGGGAAAACCAUGACCCUGUUCAGUGCCCUGAGAGCCCUGCCGGACAUGGAGGUGAGGAGCGGAUUACAUUCAGAAAACCGGAAUCUCUUCUUACAGUUUCGCAUGAACACGCUGCUGGCCAACGGAGAGGUGCCCGGCCUGUUCGAGGGUGACGAAUACGCCACCCUGAUGACACAGUGCAAGGAAGGAGCGCAGAAGGAGGGCUUGAUGCUGGACACCCAUGAGGAGCUGUACAAAUGGUUCACCAGUCAGGUGAUCAGGAACCUGCACGUGGUGUUCACCAUGAACCCGUCAUCAGAGGGGCUGAAGGACAGAGCGGCCACCUCACCUGCCCUCUUCAACAGGUGUGUGCUCAACUGGUUUGGCGAUUGGUCCACUGAAGCGCUCUAUCAGGUGGGUAAAGAGUUCACCAGCAAGAUGGACCUGGAGAAGCCCAGCUACAAAGUGCCAGACUACAUGCCCACCGUGUAUGACAAGCUGCCGCAGCCGCCCACACACCGCGAGGCUAUCGUCAACGGCUGCGUGUUCGUGCAUCAGACGCUGCACCAGGCUAACAACCGUCUGGCGAAGCGUGGCGGCCGCACUAUGGCCAUCACCCCGCGACACUACCUGGACUUCAUCAACCACUACGCCAACCUGUUCAACGAGAAGCGCAGUGAGCUGGAGGAGCAGCAGAUGCAUCUGAACGUGGGUCUGCGCAAAAUCAAAGAGACGGUCGAUCAGGUGGAGGAGCUGCGGCGCGACCUGCGGAUCAAGAGUCAGGAGCUGGAGGUCAAGAACGCUGCUGCCAACGACAAGCUGAAGAAGAUGGUGAAAGACCAGCAGGAGGCCGAGAAGAAGAAGGUCAUGAGUCAGGAUAUACAGGAAGCGGUUUACAAGCAGCAGGAAGUGAUUAAAGUCAAGCAGCUGAGCGUGAAGCAGGAUUUGGACCAGGUGGAGCCGGCCGUCAUCGAGGCUCAGAACGCGGUGUUCGGUGGUCUUUUCUCUGCGCUAACCUCUUCCUGUCUUCGCUCUUUCCCCUUCUCACGGCUUGUGGCUUGUUUAGCUAUCUCCAGCAUAGUCAACUUUGUCUCUGAGGACACGAGUGACUCCAUCCGUGAGAAGAUGAAGAAGAACUACAUGUCCAACCCCAGCUACAACUACGAGCAGGUGAACCGGGCGUCUCUGGCCUGCGGGCCGAUGGUCAAGUGGGCCAUCGCUCAGCUGAAUUACGCAGACAUGCUGAAGCGGGUCGAGCCGCUGAGGAACGAGCUGCAGAAGCUGGAGGACGACGCUAAAGACAACAAGACGAAGGCCGAGGAGGUGGAGCAGAUGAUCCGGGAUCUGGAGAACAGCAUCGCACGCUAUAAGGAGGAGUACGCCGUGCUCAUCUCUGAAGCGCAGGCCAUCAAAGCUGAUCUGGCUGCUGUGGAGGCGAAGGUGAACCGCAGCACAGCCCUGCUGAAGAGUUUAUCUGCUGAGAGGGAGCGAUGGGAAAAGACCAGCGAGACCUUCAAGAACCAGAUGUCCACCAUCGCUGGAGACUGUCUGCUCUCCGCCGCCUUCAUCGCUUACGCUGGUUACUUUGACCAGCAGAUGAGACAGAACCUCUUCACCACCUGGUCCCAUCACCUCCAGCAGGCCAACAUUCAGUUCCGCACGGACAUCGCCAGGACGGAGUAUCUCUCCAAUGCGGACGAGAGGCUGCGCUGGCAGGCCAACUCACUGCCCGCUGACGACCUGUGCACCGAGAACGCCAUCAUGCUGAAGCGCUUCAACCGGUAUCCGCUCAUCAUUGACCCAUCAGGUCAGGCCACGGAGUUCAUCAUGAACGAAUAUAAAGACAAAAAGAUCACCCGCACCAGCUUUUUGGACGAUGCCUUCAGGAAGAAUUUGGAGAGCGCUCUGAGAUUCGGCAACCCUCUGCUGGUGCAGGACGUGGAGAGCUACGACCCAAUACUGAACCCGGUGCUCAACCGGGAGGUGCGCAGGACCGGCGGCCGAGUGCUCAUCACGCUCGGAGAUCAGGACAUCGAUCUGUCUCCUUCCUUCGUCAUCUUCCUCUCCACACGAGACCCCACGGUGGAGUUCCCUCCUGACCUUUGCUCGCGUGUGACCUUCGUGAACUUCACCGUGACCCGCAGCAGCCUGCAGAGCCAGUGUCUCAACGAGGUCCUGAAGGCCGAGCGUCCGGACGUGGACGAGAAGCGAUCGGACCUGCUGAAGCUGCAGGGUGAGUUCCAGCUGCGUCUGCGUCAGCUGGAGAAAUCACUGCUGCAGGCCCUGAACGAGGUCAAGGGUCGCAUCCUGGACGACGACACCAUCAUCACCACCCUGGAGAACCUGAAGAAGGAGGCGGCGGAGGUGACCAGGAAAGUGGAGGAAACUGACAUCAUCAUGCAGGAAGUGGAGACGGUGUCUCAGCAGUAUCUGUCUCUGUCCUCGGCCUGCAGCAGCAUCUACUUCACCAUGGAGGCUCUGAACCAGAUGCACUUCCUGUAUCAGUACUCGCUGCAGUUCUUCCUGGAUAUCUACCACACUGUAUUAUACGAGAACUCCAACCUGAAGAGCGUGAGCGACCACACACAGCGUCUGUCUCACAUCACCAAAGACCUGUUCCAGGUGGCAUUUAACCGAGUCGCUCGAGGCAUGCUGCAUCAGGACCACGUCACGUUUGCCAUGCUGCUCUCACGAAUCAACCUGAAGGGCAUGACCAGCGAGCCGUCAUUCGACGCAGAGUUCCAGCACUUCUUGCGUGGGAAAGAGAUUGUGUUGAGGGGGACGACGGUGCCGAAAGUCAAGGGUUUGAGCAGCGAGCAGUCCGAGGCCAUGGUGCGCCUCAGCCGUCUGCCUGCGUUUAAAGACCUGGUGGCCAAAGUGCAGGCGGACGAGCAAUUCUUCAUGUGGAUCGAGAGCAACUCGCCGGAGCUGUCAGUGCCGUACCUGUGGACCGAAGAGAAGACGUCCACUCUGAUCGGUCAGGCCGUCCACCAGCUGCUGCUGAUCCAGGCGUUCAGACCCGACCGUCUGCUGGCCAUGACACACAUCUUCGUGUCUAAAGUCAUGGGAGAAACCUUCAUGGCCAUCAUCGAACAGCCGCUGGACCUGGCUAACAUCGUGGACAGUGAGGUGAAGCCGGGGACGCCGGUGCUGAUGUGCUCCGUGCCCGGAUACGAUGCCAGCGGAUUGGUGCGGGAUCUCGCAGCUGAGCAGAACAAACACAUCACCUCCAUUUCCAUCGGUUCUGCUGAAGGCUUCAAUAAAGCCGACAGAGACAUCAACACAGCGGUGAAGUCCGGCAGGUGGGUGAUGCUGGAGAACGUUCAUUUGGCUCCCGGUUGGCUGAUGCAGCUGGAGAAGAAGCUUCACUCCAUGCAGCCGCAUGCCUGCUUCCGGCUCUUCCUCACCAUGGAGAUCAACCCCAAGGUCCCUGUGAACCUGCUGCGGGCCGGACGUAUCUUUGUGUUCGAGCCUCCUCCCGGGAUGAAGGCUAAUAUGCUGCGCACGUUCAGCAGUAUUCCUGUGGCGCGCAUGUGUAAGUCUCCAAACGAAAGAGCUCGCUUGUACUUCCUCCUGGCCUGGUUCCACGCCGUCAUCCAGGAGCGCCUGCGUUACGCUCCGCUGGGCUGGUCUAAGAAGUAUGAGUUCGGAGAGUCGGAUCUACGCUCGGCCUGCGACACGGUGGACACCUGGCUGGACGAUACGGCGAAGGGCCGGCAGAACAUCUCUCCGGAUAAGAUCCCGUGGGCGGCGCUGAGGACGCUGAUGGCCCAGUCCAUCUACGGAGGACGCAUCGACAACGAGUUCGACCAGCGGCUGCUCAACACCUUCCUGGAGCGUCUCUUCACCACCAGCAGCUUCGACAGCGAGUUCAAGCUGGCGCUCAAAGUGGACGGACACAAGGACAUCAAGAUGCCUGACGGGAUCCGGCGUGAGGAGUUCAUUCACUGGGUGGAGUUGCUGCCGGACACUCAGACUCCAUCAUGGCUGGGUCUGCCGAGUAACGCAGAGAAGGUCCUGCUCACUACUCAGGGCAUUGACAUGAUGGGGAAGCUGCUGAAAAUGCAGAUGUUGGAGGAUGAGGACGAUCUGGCGUACGAGACGGAGAAGAAGCAGCGCAGCACGUCCUCGUCUGACGCGCAGCCGGCCUGGAUGAGGACGCUUCACACCACGGCUCGUAACUGGCUGCAGCUGAUCCCGGAGUCUGUGAGCCCGCUCAAACGCACCGUGGAGAACAUCAAGGAUCCUCUGUUCCGGUUCUUCGAGCGCGAGGUGAAGAUGGGCUCGCGGAUGCUGCAGGACGUGCGUCAGGAUCUCACUGAUGUGGUGCAUGUGUGCGAGGGCAAGAAGAAGCAGACCAACGACCUGCGCACGCUCAUCAACGACCUGGUCAAAGGCAUCCUGCCCCGCAGCUGGAGCCGCUACACCGUCCCCGCAGCCAUGACCGUCAUCCAGUGGGUGGCAGACUUCAGCGAGCGGAUCAAGCAGCUGCAGCAGAUCUCACAGGGAGCGGCCAGCGGCGGCGCUAAAGAGCUCAAGAACAUCCAUGUGAACCUGGGCGGUCUGUUCGUGCCGGAGGCCUACAUCACAGCCACGCGUCAGUAUGUGGCUCAGGUCAACAGCUGGUCUCUGGAGGAGCUGUGUCUGGAGGUGAACGUGACGUCUGCGCAGGGAGCGGCGCUGGACGCCUGCAGCUUCGGCAUCAGAGGUCUGAAGCUGCAGGGGGCAACCUGCGCCAACAACAAGCUCUCUCUGUCCACCAGCAUCUCCACUGAACUGCCACUGACGCAGCUGCACUGGAUGAAGCAGAGCAACACCGAGAAGAGGAGCAUGGUCACGCUGCCCGUGUAUCUGAACUUCACACGCUCAGACCUCAUCUUCACCGUCGACUUCGACAUCGCCACCAAAGAAGACCCGCAUCACUUCUACGAGCGCGGAGUCGCCAUCCUCUGCACCGACUAGAUGCUGCUUAACCAGCCACUUAUCUUUACUAAUCAUUCCUGUUAGUGUAGUGAACAGAAGCGUAUGUAGGUGAAUCACAGCUUUGCAUGCCAUGUGUUUAACUGGAGAGAGUUUAGAGAGUCAGAUGCACGUUGGAUUGUGUUGGGGUUUCGGAGGCAGAUGUUUUAGUAGAACAGAUGGGAUUGUGUGUGUUUUAGAUGGAAAAAUGGAAGUUGAUUGAAGUUUUGCAUGAUUGGUGGUUUCCAAUAAAGCUCAUUUAGAAUGUA